ACUGUAUUAAUGUUCCUACAGAUGAAAAAAAGUGAAGAAUUGAUAACUAAAAAUCAUAAUCAAGAAGAAAUAAGUAUUCUUCGUUGUUGGAAAUGUAGAAAAUGUAUAGCAAAUUCUGAUUGCUUCAUGAAUUAUCUUGAAAAUCAAGUGAUUAAGGAUAGACAUGAUUCAGUUGAUGUUGAAAGUAUUUGCCAUGUGUGGCACAUGAAUAUAGAAGCCCUUCCAGAAUGGAUAAACUGCCUAAUACAAAAAGCCCAGUGGACAGUUGGAAAACUGAAUUGCCCUUUCUGUGGGGCCCGUUUAGGGGGCUUUAAUUUUGUCAGCACUCCAAAAUGUUCCUGUGGCCAGCUUGCAGCUGUACAUCUCUCCAAGAGCCGGACUGAUUAUCAACCAACAGAGGCAGGCAGACUAAUGAGACCAUCGCUGAAAUACUUGUCACAUCCUAGAGUUCAGUCAGGUUGUGACAAGGAAACUCUGCUGACAGGUGGUGGCUCCAAAAGCAGAAAUUACAGGCUUUUAAACAUGGCCCAAAAUAAUAAUGGCCUUGGAAGAUUAACAGAAGCACUCUGCCUGGAGGUGCGAUCGACAUAUUUUGAGAUGAAGAAUGAAAAAUUGCUCUUCAAAACAUCAGAUCCAAAAUACCAGCUUUUUGUUCCCCAGCUUAUGUCUGGCAGGUGCACGGCAAGAGCUUUUCAUAGAAAAUCACAUAGUUUGGAUCUGAACAUCAAUGAGAAACUGACUUUAUUACCCACUUUAUAUGAAAUACAUAGUAAGGCAACUGCCUAUCCCAGGCUAAAUGAAACACGGCCUGUUGCCCUUGCAGGCUUGCCUUUACAGUCCAGUAAAAAUAGCCGUUCCUUUCAGAAUCCAUCCAGUUUUGAUCCUGAUAUGCUGCUGCAAAGAUUUUCAGUGGCUCCCUGUGAGACCCAGACACAAAGAGGAGGAGAAUUUCAGUGUGGUCUAGAAGCUUCUUCAGUGUAUUCCGACCACACUAACACUAACAACCUGUCUUUCCUGAUGGACCUGCCCUCAGCCGGCAGGAGCAUGCUGGAGGCCUCAGACCAAGAGGAGCACCUUUCUGCUCUGGACUUCUUGCGCUCGGCCAGUUUCUCAUUGGGCACCAUUAAUCAGAGGCUGAAUAAGAGAGAAAGGAGCAAAUUGAGGAAUCUAAGAAGAAAACAACGAAGGCAUGAAAGAUGGCUACAGAAGCAGGGUAAAUUCUCAGGAGUGGGACUGCUGGAUCAUAUGACUUUGAAUAAUGAGAUGAGUACAGAUGAUGACAAUGAAUAUGCAGAAGAAAAGGACAGCUACAUCUGUGCAGUGUGUCUGGAUGUGUACUUCAACCCUUACAUGUGUUACCCUUGCCACCAUAUCUUCUGUGAGCCCUGUUUACGGACUCUAGCCAAAGACAAUCCUGCAAACACUCCCUGCCCAUUGUGUCGGACAAUUAUUUCAAGAGUGUUUUUCCAGACAGAACUGAACAAUGCCACAAAAAAAUUCUUUACUAAAGAAUAUUUGAAAAUUAAACAAAGCUUUCAGAAGUCCAGCUCUGCAAAAUGGCCUCUACCAAGCUGCAGAAAAGCUUUUCAUCUUUUUGGAGGUUUCCACAGACGGGCAGCUCCAGUUACAAGAAGGCAGUUCCCACAUGGUGCACACAGGAUGGAUUACCUGCACUUUGAGGAUGACAGCCGUGGAUGGUGGUUUGAUAUGGAUAUGGUGAUCAUCUAUAUUUAUUCAGUGAACUGGGUCAUUGGAUUCAUUGUUUUCUGCUUUCUUUGCUAUUUUUUCUUUCCGUUUUAGGAAUUGUCAUACCUUACUUCAGUGGAACAAUCAUAAAUGUUGUAAACAAUAAAUGCUUAAACAUUUUUGAAAUGUGCUUUGAAGUUUUUAUAAUGUUGCAUUAUAUAAAUUGUUGGUGUUUAUAGAAGGCUUGAAAAUAAUGGAUUUAUUUAUUAAUGUUUUUCAUGUAGCAAACUUCUAUCCAGCACAAAGGAACAAUGCACUGUUAAUUUCAUAGUUCAUGGGUUUAGGAUUUGGAGGUCUAAUUUUACAGUGUCACUUAUGUUAUUUUGAUUGUAAAGACUGAUUUUUCCCUCCACUUAAAAACAGUAAAAAAUGCAAAAUGAAAUGGUAAUCUGGGUAGAUAGUAUCUUUAUUGAUAAGAUAUUUAAUUGAUGAUUUAUUCUUAGGCAAAUGAUAUGCAUCAAAGAUAAACCAUAUUCUCUGGAAACUAAUCUAACAGGGUAUGUAUUCCAGUUUGGUUUCCAAUUAUCUGUACUUGUGCCCCGUUCUAUUACCAAAAAAAAAAAACCCACCUGACUAUACUUUGUACAGACCUAAUAAUACCUUCAAUAUGACAUUUUUAAUUAUUAUAAGCAACAGAUUAGUAAAUACAAGCAAAUAAUGAGACUUCCCCACCAAUAGAUAGUUGGAAAGCCAUAUUAACACUUCCAAUUUCAGGUUGAAUCACUUGAAGAAAUAAAAAAUAUUACUGACUUUUAGAAGAGCAAUGCAUGUCCAAAAUGUAAUUAAUUUAGUGAUUUAUUUAGGAAAUUGUCAAAUAUAUUAUAAAUGUGCAAUAAAGAGUGACUUUAAAAUUUU